UCUCUGUCCUCGUUUACUAGGACUAGGCAAUAAAAAUGAACAUAAAAGCGCACUCGCGUGAAGGUGUGCGUGGAUUGGAAUGAACUAACAAUUAGGUUUCUCCUUCCAAAACCUGAAAGCCUUCAUCAUAUUUGCUGCGUUCUCUCUCUUUGGCGUCGAUCAGAUGGAGCUGGGUCUGAGCUUGGGAGAUGCGCCGUUUCUUGAGAAGGAAGACUUAGGGUUUCAUCUUGGGUUGGGAAGCAGCUUCUGUGGACGGCCCAAGGAAGCAAGAGAUCACGGCUGUGGCGAUGUUGAGGAUAAGAGUAAGCGGCCGAGAGACGCCGUGGCUCUUCAGCUUCAUCUCUUUCCUUCUCGAAGCCCGUCUUUGCUUCCUCAGCUCAACGAUAAUAACGGCGAUUCUUCAGAUGGGCUAGCCGAAGGGAAGUGGUUGCCGAGCCGGUUGCUGGCGACUGCGGCGGCGGCAAAGACCGAGUUGGUGGAUGCUGGGGCGGAGCGGCUGUCUUCCCCGAACAGCGGCACAUCUUCGUUUCAUCAGCUGGAGUUCAGAUCGGGCUCAGGCGGAAGGAGCAAGACGGUCGACGCCUUGUCGUUGGAAGGCGACAACGAGAGGGCGUGUUCCAAAGGCAGCGAUGAAUAUGAUGAAGACAACGGUUUGGCUCGGAAGAAGCUCAGGCUCUCCAAGGAACAGUCUGCUUUUCUUGAAGAGAGCUUCAAGGAACACCAUACCCUUAAUCCUAAAGAAAAGCUUGCAUUGGCAAGACAGCUGAAUCUGCGCCCUCGCCAAGUAGAAGUGUGGUUUCAGAACAGAAGAGCAAGGACGAAGCUGAAGCAAACGGAGGUGGAUUGCGAGCACUUGAAGAGAUGCUGCGAGAGACUGACAGAAGAGAACAAGAGGCUGCACAAGGAGCUUCAAGAACUCAGGGCUCUCAAGUCCUCCCACCAUUACUCGUUCAUGAAACAUCCGGUUCCAGCCACCACUCUCUCCAUGUGCCCCUCCUGCGAGCGCAUCUCCACCUCCACUGCCGCCGCCACUAACAUGAAUAAAAUGCCUGCUCCAUCGUCAUCAUUAACGUCGGCUAAUCCUAGAACAGCCUUAAUCCACCAGCCUCUCCCGAAUAAUACGCAGGCUCAAGCUGCUUCCUGAUGCAUUAGCAAUGGGCACGCUGUUCUCUUCUCCUCUCUUGUAAAUGACAUUCAGGCUUCUCUUCACCAUUUUAACUUUGGUCUUGUUCAAUCAGCUCUAUCUUCCUUUGUCUCAGAUUUAAGUUGCUCUAUUUUUCCUUAUUAACUAUAUAGACGUAUAGAUUUCGACAUGGCCACGAACCAAUGUCUGAUGAUUUUUCUAGGAAAGAUUGAUGUAUUAUAUAUUUUUUGAUUGAUUGUUCA